AUGCUCUACUACAAUCCGACUUUUGAUAAAGAAUGUCCUCCAUGGUUGUACAUUUCGUAUGCCUUGGGAUUGUUUCUUUACCAGACCUUUGACGCGUGUGAUGGGCUCCAAGCACGCAGAACUGGUCAAAGUGGACCCUUGGGCGAACUUUUUGACCACUGUGUCGAUGCUCUGAAUACUACUCUGGAAGUUUUGAUUUUUGCGUCGGUAACCAAUAUGGGUUAUGGGUGGUCGGUUGUGGCAUCUCAAUUCGCUACUUUGCUCAAUUUCUAUAUGAGCACUUGGGAAGAGUACCACACUGGAACGUUAUUUCUUUCGGCAUUCUCCGGACCCGUUGAAGGAAUUCUCAUUGUGGUCGCUAUUUUCACAAUCACCGCAUUCACGGGCCCUCAAUUCUGGCAUUCGGAGUUAUUUUCUCUCUUGAAUAAUAAUAUCAUUGAGACGUUAGAAUCUGUCCAUGAACUCCCUGAUAUUGUUAAGCACAUGACUCUAAUUGAUGUGUACCUUGUUUUUGCCGGAGUUGGACUGAUUUUCAAUAUCCAGGCUGCCUCGUCACAUGUUUUGGCUGCUCGUGCUAAAAAGAAUCUUCCGUUUCUACCAGCAAUUUACGAGCUGAUUCCCUUCUUGUUCUUCUUUGGCACUUUGAUGGUUUGGAUCCUGAUUUCUCCUACAAUCCUUUACGGAUACCUCUUGCCAUUGGCAUUUGCUACUGGUAUUAUUUCGGCUUUCACUGUGGGAAGAAUUAUUACUGCUCACGUCACCAGCCAAAAAUUCCCCCUUUGGAACCCACUACUUUUUAUGCCCUCUAUCGGCAUUGCAGUUAACAUCUUGAGCAAGCUCUUUGGCUGGGACGAGACAUUAUCGGAAGUUGCUGCUGUCUGGGCUGGCCUCGGACUCAGUAUUGGUGUAUACGGGUCUUUUAUUGCCGAGAUUAUUGUGGAAAUUACCACUUAUCUUGACAUUGGCUGCCUAUACAUUAAACACCCAAACGUAGACAAAGUUAAAUAG